CGCGCAGCACCCGGCCGAGUGCGGGAGUGGAGCCGGUGCGCAGGGACAGCGCGGUGCUGCUGCCUGAGGUCUCGAAGCGGCUCGCCAUGGCUGGCCCGCAGCAGCAGCCCCCUUACCUGCACUUGGCCGAGCUGACGGCGUCCCAGUUCCUGGAAAUCUGGAAGCACUUUGACGCAGACGGAAAUGGGUAUAUUGAAGGUAAAGAGCUAGAAAACUUUUUCCGAGAGCUGGAGAAGGCAAGAAAAGGCUCUGGCAUGAUGUCAAAGAGCGACAACUUCGGGGAGAAGAUGAAAGAGUUCAUGCAGAAGUAUGACAAGAAUGCAGAUGGGAAAAUCGAGAUGGCAGAGCUGGCACAGAUCCUGCCGACCGAGGAGAACUUCCUUCUGUGCUUCCGGCAGCACGUGGGCUCCAGCACCGAAUUUAUGGAGGCUUGGCGGAAGUAUGACACAGACAGAAGUGGCUACAUCGAAGCCAACGAGCUCAAGGGGUUCCUGUCUGACUUGCUGAAGAAGGCGAACCGGCCGUGCGGUGAGCCCAAGCUCCGGGAGUACACCCAGACCAUACUGAGGAUGUUUGACUUGAACGGGGACGGCAAGUUGGGCCUCUCCGAGAUGUCCCGACUCUUACCUGUACAGGAAAACUUCCUGCUUAAAUUUCAGGGCAUGAAGCUGACUGCAGAGGAGUUCAAUGCGAUCUUCACGUUUUACGACAAGGACGGCAGCGGCUACAUUGACGAGAACGAGCUGGACGCCCUUCUGAAGGAUCUGUACGACAAAAACAGGAAGGAAAUGAAUAUCCAGCAGCUCACCAACUACAGGAAGAGCGUCAUGUCCCUGGCCGAGGCGGGGAAGCUCUACCGCAAGGACCUGGAGAUUGUCCUCUGCAGCGAGACCCCCAUGUAAAGGGGACAGGAGCUGCUUCUCCACCUACCCCAAACCCUGCCCCCUCAACCCAGACCCCCAAUCGUGAGCACUCCUCCCCGGCCCCUGCAACCUGCACAUGCCGGCCUGCAGAGCAGGACAGGAGAGACGAAGGAUGGGUUGCUGACCCUGGAGCCCCUCCAACCCAACCCUGACCUGCUGGGCAUGGAGGUGGGCGGGGCCCAGUGGAGGUUCCUUGAUUCUCUGCGCUGUGAUGCAUGAGCUCAUUUGCUGUAUUAUUUAUGCUUCUAUGUCCAGCAGUGGCCUCUCCCCGCCCGCUCCCCCGCCUCUCCCCCAUGCCCCCACCCACCCUAGACUCCCAAGUUCCACCUACCACCUCGCCUAUGGUGUAGCUGUCUUCUCAGAGUUCCUCUUUGUGAGGGGCACUGGCCCCUCUCUCAUCUCCUUGACUCAGCGUGCUCCUUUUCUCUUUCUAUUUCUUGUCUUCUUGUUUACCAAAGAAGAGUUUACAGACAAUAAAGUGGAAACGUCCUGCCG